AUGGACAAGCGCUGGUACAUGCUGCGGGUGACGCUGCUGAACUUCAUGAUCACGCCGCUGGGGCUGGAGGACCAGCUGCUCGGCAUCGUGGCAGCCAAGGAGAAGCCGGACCUGGAGCAGAAGAAGAACGAGCUGAUUGUAGAGGGCGCCAACAACCAGCGGCUGCUGAAGGAGAUCGAGGAUCAGAUCCUGGAGGUGCUCAGCUCGUCCAAGGGCAACAUCCUCGAGGACGAGACGGCCAUCCAGAUCCUCUCCUCGUCGAAGGUGCGUGUCGGAGGAGAUCACGGCGAAGCGAAGCAGGCGGUGGCCGCCGCAACGGAGAAGGAGAUCGACGAAGCGCGCGUGGGCUACCGGCCGGUGGCCGUACACUCGAGCACGCUGUUCUUCUGCAUCUCCGAGCUGGCCACAUCGACCCCAUUGUACCAGUACUCGCUCACCUGGUACAUCGGCCUCUACCUACAUUCGAUCCAGAGCAGUCCGAAGUCGCCGGAGCUGAAGACGAGGAUCCUGGCGCUCAACGACUUCUUCACGCGUAGCAUCUACCGCAACGUCUGCCGCUCCCUCUUUCGAGAAGGACAAGUGCUCUUCUCCUGCUUGCUCUGCGUCGGCAUCAUGAAGGGUCGGGGAGCUCAAUGGCGAAGCAGUGGCGGUUUUUUCCUGACCGGCGGUAUCGCGCUCGACAACCCGUACCCGAACCCGGCCUCCGGCUGGCUGACCGACAAGGCCUGGGACGAGAUUCUUCAGCAAGCUGUACCGGGACGUGGCGCGCACGCCGCCCGCCUGGAAGGCCAUCUACGACUCGUCGGCGCGCAGGAGGCGCGCUACCCGGGCGCCUGGGACGAGAAGACGGGCCUGGCGCGCAUGCUGCUGCUCCGGAGCAUGCGGCCGGACAAGCUGACUCCCGGCCGUCCAGUGCCCGCCCAUAACACCACAGUGCUCGCCCACAACACCACAGUGUUCGCCCACAACACCACAGUGCCCAACCGCAACACCGCAGUGCCCGCCCGCGACGCUGCGGUGACGGCCGGUGAUCCCGUGCUCACCGCGCGCAAGCCGGCGGCGGCCGCGCGGCGUGACUGCGCGCUUUCCUGCUGCCAGCAAUUCAUCGUGGACAACCUGGGCGCCUACUACAUCGAGCCGCCGACGUUCGACCUGCCCGGCUCGUACGGCGACUCGUCGUGCAUCACGCCGCUCAUCUUCGUGCUGUCGCCGGGCGCCGACCCGAUGGCUACGCUGCUCAAGUUCGCCGAAGACGAGGGCCAGGCCGGCCACGUGCAGACCAUCUCGCUGGGCCAGGGACAGGGGCCGAUCGCCGCGCAGAUGAUCGAAACGGCGCUGGUGGAGGGCGGCUGGGUGGUGCUGCAGAACUGCCACCUGGCCACCAGCUGGAUGCCGCAGCUGGAGAUGAUCUGCGAGAACCAGAUCGUGCCCGAGAAGACGCAUCAACGCUUCCGGCUCUGGCUCACCAGCUACCCCAGCGGCGACUUCCCCGUCUCCGUCCUGCAGAACGGUGUGAAGAUGACGAACGAGCCGCCGAAGGGCCUGCGCGCCAACCUGCUGCGCUCCUACCUCAACGACCCCAUCUCCAGUCCGGACUUCUUCGGCGGCUGCAAGCAGCCUCAGGCCUGGCACCGGCUGCUGUUCGGGCUGUGCUUCUUCCACGGCCUGGUGCAGGAGCGGCGUCAAUUCGGGGCCCUCGGCUGGAACAUCCCCUACGAGUUCAACGAGUCGGACCUCAGCAUCAGCAUGACACAAUUGCAGAUGUUCCUGAACGAGUACGAGCACAUCCCGCUGGCGGCGCUGACCUACCUGACUGGAGAGUACGUAGUUCAGUCCGUCGGCGUGUACUAUGUACCGGACGUGGAGGAGGAGCACGGCGAGUACGUGGAGUACCUGCGCUCGCUGCCCAUGCUGGCGCCACCCGGAGGUGUUCGGGCUGCAUGA